AUGACUGCCAUUGCAUGUGAAGAUGAAUCGCUGUUGGAAUCGCGCCCGGUUUCUCGAAACUACGUUUUCCGAGGUUCUGCAUUUGAAGAUGAAGCCCCAGUGGAAUUCACGUUGAACCCAGGAGAACGUUACGGGUGGUGGGCAGACCACGACUUGGAUAAUCAAGAUGCAGUGGCAUUAGUGCAUGGGGCGAUCAACAACUAUCGGACACACAUCAUUCUAGAUUCCGGCGCCAGCACAACUAUAUUGAGCCCAGACCUUGCACGCAGGUUGAAGCUUAAGUUGACGUCGCACGCCGGACUCAAGGUGAAAGGUAUGGGAGGAGUGAUCACGUACAUCCGAUCGCGGACUCGAGUGAAGUUAACUCUGGGAAUGCGUGUGGUAUAUGUACUGGACAUGUGGGUUGGAAACAUUGGAGAUGGAGUCACUUGUCUGCUGGGUAUGGAUUUCAUGAAAGCUGCUGGAGUACGACUGUGUGCGCGUGAGCAGUUGGCUAAGCUUCCGAAUGAAGAAAACAUUCCUCUGGUUGGAGAGAAGGAAGCUCCACGAUACAUCUUGGAAGUUCCGAUUUGUGUGCGUGAGCCGGUGUAUUUGGCUCGUGGUGAUUCGAUCAUUGUUCCGGUGCGGUAUGGCCAAGCUGACGCUGACACAGCUGAGGUAUGGACUGCCCGAGGGAAUCAGUGGGUGACGCAAGUGAUCUACAGCUCCAGACGGCGGCCUGCCGCAGUUCGUGUGGUCAAUAUCUCAGAGAAGUGGACCCAAAUCAUGCAGCACACGGUGGUAGCAGCGUUGGUGGAGCCUGGGCAACUGCCACGAGGAGACCGCUUUGUUCAACCGAAGUCGCGUAAGUAUGGAGAGUGGCAACAAGAGAUUUACCAGAACACCCCUUCGCGGGAGUAUCGGCGACGGGAGGAGCUGGAAGCACUUGAAGCCGAACGGAAUGUCCCACCCGCAGUCCUGCGACCUCAAUAUGUUUGGCCGACGAAGAUUUUGCCACGU